GUUAUUUGUUUUUUUAUGUGUCAAUUUUGACGAUAGUCAAAAAAAUGUUGGAUCAUAUUUUCAAAAAUAACUCCAUAUGUACGGUAAAGUAUAAUUAUUUUAAAUUAUUUUUAUUGCCUUGUUAAUAUUUCAGGAAACUCGUUGGUUUGAAUAAUUGAAUCAUCAGAACCUGCCAGUAUGUAUUACUAUAUUAUUAAAUAUAAGGUAUAUUAAAUAUCAAUUUCGAAUAAAAAGUAAUAUAUAUUAUUUUACUUGUGUCUAAUCUGUUCAAAACUUGUCACAAUAACUCAAAAUAUUACUAUUUGUGACCAAAUGUGUUCAGUACAACUUGAACAAUAAUUAUUUUUCAUUUGUGUAUUACAUUGAAUUAUAUUUUAUCUAAAAAUGUUUAAAAAUUUGUUUGUUUUCUGUAUAUAUAUUUAUAUGUUUAUAUUAAAAUUGUUGAAAAGAUAAUUGUUUCCUUGCAAUUUUCUUAUCAACCAUACUAAUACACUGAAUAAAUAAAUAUAUGUUAUAUAAUACAAAUUUUGUAAGGUAGCUACACUAAUAUUGUCUUCUUUCCUGUAUACUUCCUUAUUAAAAUCUAUUUCCGAAAUAGUAUUGUUGUUUUUAUGAUUUUUGUAGUUUGUAAUGAUGUACGUAGUGCAUAAAUUGCUUUUGUAGCUUUAUUCAUUAUUACUAAUUCAUCUUGCGCUGGUGAAAUACUACUUUGCUGUAUUUGAUUUUAAUAAAACACUUUUAGAUAUUUUUAAAUUAAAACUAAUAAUUUAAAUUUUAAAUUUAAGAUGACAAUUUUGAUAAUGAACACCAUUUAACCGAAGAAACCGAGGAAGUUGAAGAAGUCAAUGAAACUAUAAAAUUGCUAGUACCAGAGAACAUUGAAGAAAUUGAGAAAACAGAAAUAGUUCAUGUAGAUAAAAGAUUAAGGGUGAAACCGUUAGAUGAAUUGUUUACAGAACAAAUCAAAGAAGAAAUUCCAGAUUAUGAUUAUAAGACCAUAGUGGAUAUUAAAGAAGAAAUAGAAGAAAUAAAAGAAGAAAUUGACGAGCAUGAGAUGAAAAUAGAGCCUAUAUGUGAUGAUGUAAUUGAUCCAAUUGAGCCAGUUCAACCAAUUGAACCACCACCACUCAAAAUUAAGUUAUCAAAAGUUGCCAUACCAAAACUUCACAAAAUUAAAGAAGUCAAAGAAAAAAUUAAAAAGCCAAGGGGAAGAACCGGCCGUAGACCUAGGCCUAUAUUACCUAUGACUCAACCUAUAGCAUCUACGAGCACUUCACAUUUGGAAAAAGCUUCAACUCCCCAUCAGAUAAUUAUGCCUUCACCUCAAAUGCCUGGCAUUGCCUAUCAGAUAUUUCUAGGGGAUCAUGCCAAAAAUUCCAACAAUUCAGUUCAGUAUACUAUGCAACCGGUGUUUUUACAACAACCUCCUACAUCUGCCGCCAGUUCUACACCAGUAGUAAUCAGUCAAUCAGCAUAUCAAACAAGGUAUCAAACUAAGGCUCAAAUACCAGUUACUAAAAUGGCCAAAAUUGCCCCUAAACUUAGUACCCGAAUUUAUUGUGCACAUUGUUAUAACCCUGUCUAUAACAUGAAUGAUCAUAUACAAAUUUGUGAGCUUAAUCCUGAGAGUAAAAAUUACAAGUUUAGGAAAAUUGCCCCGUCAACUCCAUUAUAAUCUAUUAAAUUACAAAUAGUAUAAUAUAAUGAGCUAGAUCUAUCGCCUCUUAAAUGCUUAAUAUUAAUUUAAUUAUUAGUCAUGGGCAACAAAAUGCACCUGCUCAUUUGUACGAUAAUAAUGUUUUUAUGAUUAUAAUUAUUUUUGUUAUUGUAUAAUACUCUUAUACAUUUUUAUCGCUUAAUUAUUAAGCAAAUAUUUUUAUAAUUGAUAUUUUAAAUUUUCAGUUAUUUAUAUUUUUACUACUACCUAAAAUAAAUGUAUGUAUUUCUCUUGUAACUCAUCAAUGUAAAUUUGUUAACUUUAAUAGAAAUAAACACAUAAUAUGCAUUAUUGUUAUAUAUAGUAAAAUUUAAUUGUUUUCAAAACUCUUAGGUAAUUGUAAAAUAUUUGAUUCUAAGACGUUUGCCUCUUCAGGAUGAGACAUUGUACGCCCUUCUAACAAAUAUAUUGUUUUUAGUAUUUAAUAUUCAGUUGAAGAGUUUAUAUUUUAGAGUUCGAAGAUGAUUAACUCAAGUGCACUUAAUUUUUUAAAUGUAGGACACGAGCAACAAUAAUUUAAAUAAUAUAUUUAAAACAUUUUUUAUUGUCUGUAAGCUAUAUUACUGAAAUAAAACUAAUUUAGUAAGAUUAAAAAAUUAAUAUUAGUUAAGACUUUUGUUUUCAUUUUAAUUUAUUUUAAAUUUCGAGUUUGAAAUUUGUAUAAUUCAUUUAUUCAGGGUGAGAGUGAACGAUAAAAAAACCCAAAAAGAAGCUUGUAGGGGAAACGUCUAUUAUUACAAUGUUUGUGGAAUUUUUGUUUGUAGACUUAAUGUGUUGUCAUUAAAACGUUACAUUAUGUUUAAUUAUUUUAUUAGUCUUUUAAUGGAGAUUAUGCUAUGAAUCGACAAUAAUAAAUACGGCGGACGAGAAUUAUACCGUUAGUUAUGAUUGCUAAUGUUGUUUAACAGUAUUUAGGUUCCAUUAAAAGAAAUUACUUUCUC